UCGCCCCUUUCAUCUGCCGCCGCGGCCCAAUGGGAAGGCGGAGGCUGCCUGCAAGUGGUCUAAUCUCAAUGAGGUGUCAAUCAUGUUCCCCGGUGGGUGAAGUAAGGUCUUUUGUAACCGCCUCUGUCUUUGGGAAAGAGAGGAGAGAGGAGGAAGGCUGGAGCGGAGAGGGGGACGCCGGACCGUGCUGCAGGAGAGGAGCGGAGAUUUGAGCUCGCUUGUGUGUUAGCAGGGAGAAGCGGAGCACAUGGAUUUCUAAAUACGCUGGGAUUUUACAUAUCUACAAAAAAUAACAACAAGCGAACCUGACCCUACUGAAAACAGUCAAAUGAAUCGUAAUUGCAGAUCAAUGCAGAGAGAUGGGGAAACUUCACUCGAAACAUGCUGCCGUUUGUAAACCCAGAGAAAGUCCAGAAGGUGAUAGUUUUGCGGUGAACGCCUCUCUGGCUCGCAGAGGGCUGGAGGACUGGAUGGUGAAGCAGAAAUACUCCGGGGGCAGCAGCAGCGGCGGCAGCAGCUCGGGACUCCAGCACGGCUGCCAGCACCGCGCCGUGUGCAGGCUCUCCAGCGCCAGGGAUUUAUCUGGGGAAGGCUACAGAGACACUUUUGGUGAUGAACACUUUCAUCUAGAAGUGGCUUUGCCUCCAGAGAAGACAGAUGGAGUUUGCAGUGGAGAUGAAAAGAAAGCAGAAAAAGAAAGUGACACACGCACAAGUUCCAAGAAGCAACUGAAAUUUGAAGAAUUGCAAUGUGAUGUGUCUGUAGAGGAAGAUAACAGGCAAGAGUGGACCUUCACACUGUAUGACUUUGAUAACAACGGAAGAGUCACACGUGAGGACAUUACCAGCUUGCUUCAUACCAUCUAUGAGGUAGUGGAUGCAUCAGUAAACCAUUCUCCUAGUUCCAGCAAAACUCUGCGAGUGAAGCUGACUGUGGCACCUGAUGGCAGCCAGAAGAAAAAGAGUAUCUUGUUAAAUCAUGCUGAUUUGCAGAGUGCCAGGCACAGAGCUGAAAACAAAGCUAAUGAGGAAGCAAGAAGCUCAGAGAAGAAGCAGAGGGCUUCCCUCAGAUACCACCAGAGUGAGAACAAUCCAGAGCAAAGUGGGUGCUAUCGUCACUGCGUUGAUGAGAACAUUGAAAGGAGAAACCACUAUUUGGAUCUUGCAGGAAUAGAAAACUACACAUCAAAGUUUGGGCCAGGAUCUCCUCCAGCAGCUCAAAAACAUGACCCACCAGGCAGAAUUGUGAAUCAAACUAGAUCCCGUUCUCAUGAGCCCGAGACCUUCCACGCUCACCAUAGGAAAUCUCAAGUGGUGGAUCCAAGCCACAUCAAUCUGGCGGAAAGUUCGUAUGCCAAGAUUGCAGAAAUCCAGCAGAGGCUCCGGAACCAGGACUCAAACAAGCACUUUGUGAAGUCUCCCAAAGCCCAGGGCAAAAAUGUCGCCCCUGUGCACUCUGGAAGGGCAGUUAGAAAUAAACCUUUCCAAGGGGUGCCCUUGCCCAUGGCUUCCCCAAGUGCACGGGUGGGCCAGAACCUCCCGUACCUUCCCUUGCAAUCCCAACAGAUCCACAAGAAGCAUAAGCAGAGGGCAAAGGAGAAUCACCAAAUGUGCAAAACCUUCCAGUCUCCGGGGACAGUUGUGGAAAAGGAACAUGUGAGAGACCUGCCCACAGUGAUUUUGUAUGAAGGCCAAGUGGGACAAAUGAUACAAAGACAUGAGCACCACCACCAUCACGAGCACCACCACCACUACCACCACUUCUACCAGACAUAGAAGAGAUCCCACCAACAUCCUCCAAGAAUCAUCCCAAAUGAAGGAAAUGCCUUCUUGUGACACCAGAACUAAGGCAUUGCUAUGAUUAAUAUGAUCAUAACUCCAUUAAUAUUCAACUAGCAUAUAUUUUAGAGUUUAUAUGGAACUCGUGAAACUCACCCUAUUUAUAUGUUGUGGAACCGCAUAGCUUACUCAAACACCUUGUGGAUUAUUUUUUGGGUUUUUUUUAAGUGGCUUGUAAAACAGCAAACAGCCAUAGCUUUUUGAGCUGUGAUUUAAUACAGGUCGUCAAGGCACUUCUGUACAAGUACUACUUCCACUGUACUCGGAAAGAUACUUCAAACACUCCUGCAGACAUCUAGCUUUCCACUCUGCUGUACGUCGGCUGAUCGCACACAAGCCUUUCAUCAGGGGAGCAAUGUUGGAAGGGUUGGACUCCAGAGAUACUCAGAUAAUGGAAAAUACAAACAGCUGCUACCUCUAGUAUUAUUCAGAUUUUAUUUUCUUUUUAUUGAUUGUAAUGUGCUACAGGGGGGAAUUUUAAUAUACUGUGUUCAUGUAGCCUGUUUGUGUUCGCAUCCUUUCAAAUCAUCUUAAUUGCAAGGAAAUAUUAGCUAAACUUGUCAACAGGGCUACAUUUGUGUGACUUACACUUUAUUUUCUUGGAGAUUCUUCAUUGACACAAGUACAGUCUGUUAUAUACUGGGUAAUAUUUAAAUAUACUUCUUUUUUUUUUGGUUUUUCUCUUACUUAUUCUCCACUCUGUUUGGGGUACCAUUUGGAAAGAGGAGGAUGUGAAAUGGGGUUUUCCAAAGCAUCACUAGACUUUAGUGCUUGGGCCAUAAGUAUCAUUCAUGGGGGUUUGAGAAGGAGAGGGGUUGAUUGGGGGGGUUUGUUUUGUUUAAAUCCACAGUUCUUUGUUUUGAGAAAGAAUUGAGGAAAAUAUACUUUCUCACUUUAAAUGUUGGCAAAUAUAUAUAAAAUAUAAAUAUAAAUAUAUAUAUAUAAAUAUGCACACUCUCAGGUACAUUUUGUUGUGUUUUAGAAAUCUGUGGUUUGAAUAUUGACAUUAUAUUUGUUUUUUCCACAACAGUGACUUUUUAGAAACAUAUGUCAUGGCAUUUUCUUGGUGCCUCCAAUUUGAAUUUCCCAAGCACCUAUCAAUUUGCGCUUCUCCCAUUUUAGACACAUGUAUAAAAAAUAUCAUUCACAAUCUUUCUGGAUUCUUCUACUUUUUCCAUAUCAAAGGGCUUCCAUUCCAUGAAGGAGAAUCAGACUACACUCACAAGACCUUAAUGGCUGCUGAGAAAUUUGCAGGUCAAAAGAAAAUUGGAAAAGUGAAAAGAAAAAAAAAGAAAAGGAAAAAAGGAAAGGAGAAAAGGGUCAGUACAUUGAGUUUUGCUUUCUGUGGAGCCCAGAUUUAAAAUAGAUUCAGUUGGGUUUUGUACAGAUCACCAUUUUGCAGGUAGAGAGUGACUGGAAAACACCUACAUUUCUUUUGGAACAUUAGAGAACUCCUACAUAAAGACAUAAUUGUUCUAUAAAUGUAUUUGCUUUUGGUUUUAAUUAUUUUUAAUGUUGUGGUAUUUUGUCAAUAGUAUAUAUUGUAAAAUGUAACUAUCCAACAUUGUUAUAAGCCCUUUAUGAUUAGGGUAUUUUUUUGUUUUCUGACUAGAGUUUUGAUCAGUCCAAAAUGGGGUGUUACCUUACUGCUGACCAGUUUUAAAGGGAUGUUUUCCUUUCUAAGAACACAGAGACAUCACCUUGUAAAGAACAGUGGGAAGCCUUGCCUUCUUGUGGAAUUGGAAUAUAAUCACUGCUUCAUGGUAAUUAGGUCCGUCUCUUGUCUCCCUGGAUCAGCAGAUGUUUAGACUUAUUGUCCCCUUUAAAAAAUCUGGUUUAUUUUAUUUUACUUUUUUUAGCUGUCAACAGCGUGUUCUGUAAAAUCUAACAAAAUGUUUUUAAAAUGUGUUUGAUCUGUGUGACAACUAUACUGUUCUGUUUAUUUUAAAAUUCCUAAAGUCCAAAAAUAUUUAUAUGCAGAAUUUUCUGUGUUGAAAGUAUGAAAAGGCCACGAAUUUGGUUAGUUACCACUGAGUUGUUCUAGUCUAAGCCUUUUUUGCUGCUUGUGUAUCAUUCUUUUUCAAUGUAUAUAUAAUUAUGGACUGCAAAAAAACAAAAAAAAGGCAUUUAUAUGUCUAGUAGAAGGAAUAAGCUUAUUUAUAUUAUAGUGUUAAAAAGUCUGAUGUAUUCAAGUGACUUACAUUAUACCGCAUGCAAACACACAGUGUACAUUCCAUCUAAGAAGGGAUGCCAUGCUAUUUGUUUUGAAGAAAUAAUUAAAGCUGUUCUCUUUUCAGUAGAGCAUAUGCCAGGAAGACUGAGAGGUGGAAAUUGUUCUUAGUCAAUUUUUUUUAAUGCAGAUUGUUGCUGAAAACCAGAAAACAUUCUGGAAAACUCAAGUGCAUCCAGAAUUGUGGGGUUUUCUAAGAAAAAGCAGCAAAGGGGUAAAACUGCUCCUUCACCCCAAGAUAUUUUGCUGGAAAAGAAAACACCACGACUACCAAAAUCCCAUCUGAUGAGAAGUGUGCAGUACUGGCUGUGCCAAGUGAACUCUGCCUGGAACACCACUGACCAUUUGUUACUGCAUUGGUUUGUUUUGGUUUAUUAUAUUUGGACAUUCAAAAGACAAAUUCUGCCUUGCUCAGAGUUUGUGAAACACAAAUACAUUUUAAUAACAUGGCAUCCCUUUAUGAAAACUUUACACCAGCCAUUAUGAAUAUACAGUAUCUAAAUACUGUGUUGCAGUUGUGUUAUGUGCAUUAUAAGUGUGAAUAACAUGUAGCACAGUUUCUUUUCACAGAACCUUAAAUUUCCGUAUCUUUUGAAUAUGUUUGCUUUUCAGUAUUUUGUAUAGUAAAUAUAGAUGGUUUUGACUAAAUGCUUUAUUUAUUUAACAGCAAAAACUGUGCCAAGAGAACCCCCUGUUAAUUAAAGUUUUACUAGUUCAGAAAGUAUAUUUCUUUCUUCUUGUUGUGGAUUUCAGGGGCCUAUUGCAAUUGCUGUCAGUGUUUGCAGAUCCCACUGAUGAAAGAGCUUGAAUUAACAUUUUUGGGAACAGGAUCAGGAAAUUACGUAUGGACUGGGUAUGCUUUGGUCUAAUAUUUAAAAUAUCAAGUUUCAAAGUUUAAUUUCUUGUCCCCUGCUGUGGUCCCCUGGACCUGUGUCGAGUUACUGAUAUUUCAUCUUGCUGUUAAUUCUGAAAACUUUUUCUUAAAAAAAAAAAUAAAAAUAUUGUUUUAAGUUGUUCAAAACCAUAGCUGAAUCAAAAUUUGAAAGAGUUUAGUUUCUGGUUAAACAAAAUAUUUAUUUCCAAAGAAAAAAUAUCAGUUGAGUAUAUUGUUAGUAUGGAAAAGUAAAAUGGAAUGGCAUUAAGUAAUUUCAGAUGAAAACUCCAGACUUUUCACUUCCUUCUUCUGUUUUUACACAAGGCAGUUCAGCAAAAUGAAGUCAAUCCUGAAGUUUGCACUAUUUGCUAAAGAAAUUCAAUGGAAAAAUUUUGCCCAUCUCUACCAGCUGCAGUUCUGGGGAGGACAGUGUUUUGAAAAGGAUUGCUCAGCUCGUCUCACAGCUUCAUAACCACAAUACAAAUUAACCUAAGCUGAGGCUGUGGAGUAAAAUCUCUGUCCCAGUGAAGUCUCUGGCAGGACUGCCAGGUUCCCACUGGCUACAGGGUGCCAGUAAUUUCAUUCCAGGAAGGUGGGUUUGAAGUCUACAGAAUGUGCAGCCAGUAACUUCAGUAUUUAUUGUCUCUGCAUCUUACUGCUGAUGGGUUUGAUAAGAGUAAAUGGAAGUUUUGCUGUAAGAUAUCAAGCUGGUAAAUUAAUUAAGAUUAGCAGCAAAUAUUCUUUACACUGAUAUCAUUGGAGGACCUCAAGGCACUUCCAAAUGCCUUUGAAACAGCCACUUGUCAUUUAGUCAUUGUUAGAAAUGGAGACCCCGUUCUGCCCUUGGAGGAUGAGGUACAGACUCUCAUGGAAUUUUGGCAGAGCAGUCCCAAAUAUGUGACCAAAUGUAUGAUCUCUAUCAUGGUCUUUCUGCUGUAGUCAUGGUGAGCACAGAGCAGCACUGUUCAGCUGGAGAAGGACUCUGAGGUGUGUGUGUGUUGUGUGUGUGCGUUGCGUGUGUGAGUGUGAGUGUUGUGUGUGUGUGUUGUGUGUGUGUUGUGUGAGUGUGAGUGUUGUGUGUGUGUGUGAGUGUUGUGUGUGUGUGUGAGUGUUGUGUGUGUGUUGUGUGUUUGUGUGUGUGUGAGUGUUGUGUGUGUGUGUGUGUGUUGUGUGUUUGUGUGUGUGUGUUGUGUGUUUGUGUGUGUGUGUGUGUGUGAAUGUUGUGUGUGAGUGUUGUGUUUGUGUGAGUGUUGUGUGUGUGUUGUGUGUGUGUUGUGUGUUUGUGUGUGUGUGUGUGUGUGUGAAUGUUGUGUGUGUGUUUGUGUGUGUGUGUGUGUGUGUGUGUGUGUGUGAGUGUUGUGUGUGUGUGUGUGUGUUGUGUGUGUGUUUGUGUCCUCUGGCAGAAGCUGGUGAGUGGAGCAGAAUGGAUUCUGACAGAGGAGAUUUUCUCUAAAGGGAUGAGCACUGGGUGUGCUCCAUGGUCCCCACGUUGCCACAUACACACAGCUCUGAUGAAUGCAUACUGUUCUCCAUAUGUCAUCGUGUACCUCAAUUACUGAAUGACAGAUUUCAUUUGUAUUCCAAUUAACAGGAAAGUUGGGCCCCUUUGGGCCUAGAUUAUACUUGAGGAAAAUUCAUCAUGCUUGGAAAUUUGCAAAAACAUUCACCAUAAUUUUUGCCUGGAGUACAGGCAAGAAUGUUCAUGUUUGGAAACACGUCAGCUAAUCAAGUCUCACCUUUAAUUACCUUGAUGCAAUUCAUCACGAUCUGAAAAUACAUUUUCAAACAUGACUUAUUCAUGGCUUUGCUGGGAACCAAGUCUUAUUCAGCAUCCUAUUAAUUGUCAGAUUUCUUUGGUUUAGGUUUUAUUUUUUUUUAAUAUACCAGCAGAGACAUGUUUGAAAAUCCAUGAACUAAAAAUUGAACUUAAUAUGUUUUCUAAAUGGCUUCUGAAAGAAGAUUUCUUUCCUAAUGCACUUAACAGGAAAACCAGCCUCUAUUUAUGACAUGAUAGUGUAUUUUGUUUGCAUAUUAGAACAGAUGUUGAGUUGAUUUGAUUUGGAAGGGUCUGUUUUGGUUUUUAUUCUGUUAUUCUGUGCACAUUUAAAAUGUGCUUUAAAUGGUCUGAAAGGAAUAAAUAGAGAAAAAAAGUUUGAAAUUACUCAAUAUACAUUGAAAUACCUCUUAUUUGAAACUUGCAUUAUAAUAAUUAAAUAAUGAGGUUUUUCAAUGAUGCUUUAAUUUAAUUUUAUAUUUCUAUAUAUGUCUAGAUAAUUCAUUCCUAAAUGAGCAAAAAUGAUAGGAGUCACACAGAUGAAGUCUUCUAAUUUCUUUGUUUUAAACUAGCAGGAUUUAAGUACUAUUCAGGCAGAUUACUGUGAGGGUUAGAGCUGUGAAGAAAGACUGGCAAGGGAAAGAUGGAACGAUAUGAGAAGUGUAGGGAUAGCACAGAACAGUCCAACAGAGGGGUUGGGGGAGGAACACCAGAGACAGGAAAAUGCUGUAUGGAAAAGUUUUUAUUCAUAUUCCUUUCAUGGAUCUCUUAUGGUACAGUUUUUGCUCAUAAAACAGCAACAGAAGUUUGUAAAAUUCUUUUCACUGGGAAAACUUGAAAAACUUUCUCCAAGAGGUGAAUCUCCAGCGUGCAGGGGGAGGCACAAGGCAGGAAAGCUGCAGAUGUGGGGCUGUGGCAGGAUAAGGAGGGAUCUCUGUUUUCCUGAGUCCCAGCCCAAACUGAGGGAAAUGUUUUAGAAGCAGAGGUGUUUCUACAGAUGUUUUGAAUAUUCCUUAGAACACAUUUUGAGUAGUGAUAUCAGUACUUUUUCUCUUUGACUACAAACACACAGAAGUUGGUCAAAUGUUACCCAAAGUUUCAGUAUCUGCCCUGAUUGUUCUAAACACUAAGCACUAACUAUGCCUGUGAAAUCUACUGGCACAGAGGAUAAUCUUUAUACCACCUGGGCCUGAUGGUUUUCUUAUCAGGCUGUUCUGGGGUCUCAGAGUUGAAAGUUCCAGAAGUUUUUUUAGGAAUGUUGAAGAUAUCCUGUUAAGGGGCUUCAUAAAUUUGGUAAUGGGCAAACAUUAACAAUAGCAGGCAUACUGGCAAUGAUGUGCAUUGGGAUUUCUGGGUUUUAGGACAUGUCCAUGAGGUGGGGUGUGUGUCUUUGAGUGCCUAGUCCAUAGAGACAGAGCUGCCUCUAAUUAUUACCAGCUAAGGGAUGUAUGUAUUCCUUUGGAGUUGUAUUUUGUGGAUGAAGAUAUGGGGUUCAGAUCCUCCUGGUGCUGAGUGCUUAUUCUUGCAUUUAAUCCUUCCUAUUCCAUUCUAUUCACAAAGUAUAGCAUGCUGAGGCUUUGUGAAUUUUCUAAUAAAACACCUAACAAACUGGGCCAAAUUUGUUUUCAGCUUCAUAAAUGGAAGCAGAAGAGCCCCAUGCAUGUCUUGAAAUUUGGACCUUGCAAGUGCAGUUUGCUAUGAGUCAUCAUUUUUUUCUUGUACUAAUUUCACAUAUUUGAUAAGCUCUUUUUAUGGUUUACAAGUUUAAAAAGACAAAUAAAACUUUGUAGAUUAAA